AUGUCUAGGCCCAUGGUAAGCACUACUCUAGCAGUCAACAACCUCACCAACACGAACGCAAACGUGAACGUGAACGCUGCCAAGCACCUCUACCACCAGGCCGUCGACUCACCCGCAAGAUCCUCAAUGACUGCCACAACCGCUAUCAACUCCAACGGCAACUCCGCCAGAGACGACUCGACCAUUGUCGGGCUGCACUACAAGAUCGGUAAAAAAAUAGGCGAGGGCUCGUUCGGUGUCCUCUUCGAAGGUACCAACAUGAUCAACGGCGUGCCUGUCGCGAUCAAGUUCGAGCCCAGGAAGACUGAGGCUCCUCAAUUGCGAGACGAAUACAAAACCUACAAGAUUCUUAACGGGACGCCCAAUAUCCCAUACGCGUACUACUUCGGUCAAGAAGGCCUGCACAACAUCUUGGUAAUUGACCUUUUGGGCCCCUCCUUGGAGGACUUGUUCGACUGGUGCAGCAGGAAGUUCUCCGUGAAAACUGUUGUCCAAGUCGCUGUGCAAAUGAUUACUUUGAUCGAGGACCUGCACGCGCAUGAUCUGAUCUACCGUGAUAUCAAGCCGGACAACUUCCUGAUCGGUAGACCCGGCCAACCCGAUGCGAACAACAUUCAUUUGAUCGACUUCGGCAUGGCUAAGCAGUACCGUGACCCGAAGACCAAGCAGCAUAUCCCGUACAGAGAGAAAAAAUCGCUGAGCGGUACUGCCAGAUACAUGUCCAUCAACACUCACUUGGGAAGGGAACAAUCAAGGAGAGACGAUAUGGAAGCCCUGGGCCACGUUUUCUUUUAUUUCUUAAGAGGCCAUUUGCCUUGGCAGGGCCUGAAAGCACCGAACAAUAAGCAAAAAUACGAAAAAAUUGGUGAAAAAAAAAGGUCCACCAACGUGUACGAUCUAGCCCAAGGUUUGCCCGUACAAUUCGGAAGGUAUUUGGAAAUCGUCAGAAGUCUUUCCUUCGAAGAAUGUCCCGAUUACGAAGGCUACAGGAAGCUACUACUCUCUGUAUUGGAUGACUUGGGUGAAACAGCGGACGGCCAGUACGAUUGGAUGAAAUUGAAUGACGGCCGUGGCUGGGACCUUAACAUAAACAAGAAACCGAACCUACAUGGUUAUGGUCAUCCUAAUCCACCAAACGACAAAUCAAGGAGACAUAGAAACAAGCAGCUUCAACUUCAACAGCAGCAACAGCAACAGCAGCAGCAGCAGCAGCAGCAACAGCAACAGCAGCAGCAGCAGCAGCAGCAACAGCAACUAGAGCAGCAACAACAACAGCAGCAACUAGAGCAGCAGCAGCAACAGCAGCAACAGCAACAGCAGAAUGCUCAGAAAAAUGAUGCUGAUUUACGCAAUUCUCAAUAUAAACCAAAACUAGACCCCACCUCUUAUGAAGCAUACCAGCAUCAGACCCAACAAAAGUAUUUGCAAGAACAACAGAAGAGACAGCAACAACAGCAGCAGCAACAGCAACCACAGCAACUACAACAGCUCCGUGUUCCAGGCCAACCUCAACCUCAACUCCAAUCCCAACCCCAACCCCAAUCCCAACAAUUCGGUGCCACUCGCUACCAACCGCAACAACAACCCUCCGCUGCUCUAAGAACCCCUCAUCAACAACUAAAUGAUGAUAGUUCAAGCUUAGCAGCUUCCCGCAAGGGCUUCUUCCAAAAGUUAGGCUGUUGCUGA